ACUAAAAACUUUCUUCUUUGCAUCUAACCCUUUCCAUACUAUCUCAGUCUCUUUUGUUUAUACUCAAGCAAAAAUGGGAGGAAGUAAGAUGUCCAAUGAUUAUGAAAUUGAUGUCGAGGCUGGGAUGUCUUCUCUUUCUAUAGUCAACACAAAUCUACACGAGCGUGUCCCCAUUGAAGCACCAAUUGUAUCAUCUUACAAUGACCAGAUCAGGCCAUUGCUUGACAUGCUUGACACUGUCGACAGAUUGAGAAACCUGAAUGUGAUGAGAGAAGGGAUCCAGCUUCCCACCAUUGUCGUGGUUGGAGACCAGUCUUCGGGGAAGUCGAGUGUUCUUGAGUCGUUAGCAGGUAUCAAUUUGCCUCGUGGACAAGAAAUCUGCACUAGGGUUCCUCUUGUCAUGAGGCUUCAGCGAAGCUCUAGCUCUGAACCUGAGAUCUGGCUGGAAUACAGUGACAAAGUUGUUCCCACAGAUGAAGAACACAUCGCUGAAGCUAUUUGUGCUGCAACAGAUGUGAUUGCUGGAACUGGUAAAAGAGUUUCAGACACUCCCCUGACCCUCCGUGUUAAGAAGAACAAUGUCCCAGAUCUUACCAUGGUCGAUCUUCCCGGUAUUACUCGAGUUCCAGUGAAUGGACAACCGGAGAAUAUUUACGAACAGAUUUCUGGGAUGAUCAUGAAGUACAUCGAGCCUCAAGAAUCAAUAAUCCUCAAUGUUCUGUCAGCUACGGUCGACUUCACCACAUGCGAAUCCAUUCGCAUGUCAAGACAAGUUGACAAAACUGGUGAACGGACUCUGGCUGUUGUGACAAAGGCUGACAUGGCUCCUGAAGGUCUCCUGCAGAAAGUAACUGCAGAUGAUGUGAAUAUCGGACUAGGUUACAUCUGUGUUAGAAACCGCAUAGGAGAAGAGACAUAUGAAGAAGCUAGGUUGCAGGAAGAAUUACUCUUCAGGACUCAUCCACUGCUAAGUUUGAUUGACGAUGGGAUUGUUGGUAUUCCGGUGUUAGCUCAGAAGUUAAUACAAAUCCAAGCGACAAUGAUCACCCGUUGUUUGCCAGAUAUCGUACAGAGAAUCAAUGAGAAAAUGGACAGCAGUAUCGCUGAGUUGAACAAGCUACCAAAGGUAUUGAAUUCUACAAGGGAAGCUUUGUCCACUUUCCUGCAUAUCAUUAGUUCCACCAAUAAAUCACUCGCAAAAAUUCUAGUCCAAGGCGAUUAUUCUGAAUUUCCAGAUGAUCAAAGCAUGCACUCUACCGCUCGUUUGGCUAAAAUGUUGGGCCAAUUCUCAGCCAAUCUGCAAGCACAGCCCCAAGCCGUGACGAAUGAGUUCUUGAUGGAUGAAAUCAAACGUGAAAUCCUUACUAUCCAUACUAAGCCGGUCAAGUUCAUCACAGAGACAUGGGACUAUAUCGAAGAAGUUGUAUUAUCUGUUCUAACCAAAUACUCCGAAAACUUCCCACACACCCAAUCCUCACUCAAAAGAGCUGGACGGAAUCUAAUCACCAAGAUCAAGGAACAAUCUGUGAACCGAGUGAUGGAAAUCGUUGAGAUGGCGAAACUAACCGACUACACAUGUAACCCUGAGGAGAUGACUGUGUACACUCAGAAGAUAGCUGCACAAGGAAGCUUCAUCAAUGUUGUACAGAGUAAUACUUCUAACUUCUGCACCUUAACUGGAUUCGGAAAUGUUUCGAUUUCACAUUUAAGGAAGUAUGACGCGCAAUUACUUAGGCAAGCGUUCGACAUGAAGAUGAGAAUCGCAGCCUACUGGUCGAUCGUUGUAAGAAGGAUUGUGGAUAACCUUGCCCUGUAUCUUCAAUUCUCUGUGAAGAAUUUUGUGAACAGUCAAUUUCAGAAGGAGAUGGAAGAGAUUGGCGAAGGAGACGUUGAGAAGAUGCUGGAGGAGUCUCCGUCGGUGGCGAGCAAGAGGGAGAAGCUGAAGAAAAGUAUCAAGCUUCUUAAGGAAUCGAAGGAUGUUGUGGCGGCCAUUGUUGAUGAGAACUGAAUUCUGGGUAUUGGAGAAGUCG